GGUGGAUAGGAUGGUGAGGGCCAGUGGACAAGAGGAAACAGAGUUGCUUAGUUUUAUUUUGUAAUUAAAUACUUACAGAAAUAGUAAGAGUGAGAGGGUUUGAGACUCGGGCCUCCUGCCUGGUUUGUUUGUUUGUUUUUUUAACCAGGUUUUCUUGCUUCCCAUCCCACAGACUAACCACUCAAUAGCCAUCGGCAGCUACAUAGUCUAAUGAAGGGGAAGGUCAGGACAAGUCUCUUGGAUGAAGCAGGCGAGGGAUAGGAAGGGACAAAACACAAUCCCGAUUAAGGGCAGACAAGGAAGGAGACAAUACGGGAGUGGCCCAGCCUAGGUGAACCAUGUCCCUGGGUCCUAAAAGUAGCAGGGGGCAAGGUUUCUGAGCCCCCAGGAGUGUGACUGAGAGCAAUCUUGAAGAAGGACAUGGGAAGAUGGAAAUACUGACCCAGUUCCUACACACGCUAAAAAUCCCAUCAAGCAUAAAUUCUCACAAUGUAACGUACAUGCCUAAAGUCAAAGCAACCAUGAAGCAGCCUCCCUCGGGCCUAUGGGGCCUCUGCCUCAAGAAUGUAGCAGCCUUCCUUUGCAGCUUUCUCCCUGCCAAGAACUGCUGCUCGGGGCCAUGACAGAUCGGACUUUUUCUUUGCUCCAGUGAUCAGACAGAAGCCUGGCGGGCCCAGGACUGGCCCAAACCGCCCUUCAUUUGGAGCCGAGCCAGAGCCAUGGUCCAAGGUGGGGACAAGGUCGGGCCUUGUUUCCAUGACCUUCUCCAGCCACAGAGGCCGUUUGCCAGGGAGCGGUCACCUGAAACCAGCAAUAUUCAAAGCUGGGACUCAAGGUGUGGCCUGUGCUCCUUUAAGCCCUGGGCUUCUUGAGCUCAGGCUGAGUCCCCACCCAGAUAAACCAAGAAACCAAAGAUGGAGGGAAGCUGGCCCCAGCAGGAGGGAUGGCUGCUGGGUCUCCUUCUCAGCCUUUUGCUUCAAGGUUCUUCUACCUUCACCCAAAACAGCAAUAGUUUCACCAUCAACUGCUCAGGAUUUGAUGUAAAUGGACUAAACAAGACUGCUUUUAAGUCUGUGUUUGACAGAAAGGCCUUCCGACCGGUGGUCAACUUUAGCAUCCCCACCAGGGUCAACAUCUCCUUCACCUUAUCUGCCAUUCUGGAAGUGAAUGCACAGAUCCAGCUCCUUACAUCAUUCCUCUGGCUUGAGAUGUUCUGGGAAAAUCCAUUCAUCAACUGGAACCCAGAGGAGUGUGGAGGAAUCACGGACCUCACUGUGGCAGCUGAGAACUUCUGGCUCCCGGAUAUCUUCAUCAUGGAGUUCAUGGAUAUUGAUCAGACGCCAACACAGCUUGUUGCAUAUGUGAAUAGUAAAGGCCACAUCAAGUAUAAGAAACCGAUGAAGGUGACCAGCAUCUGUAACCUGGACAUCUUCUACUUCCCCUUUGACCAGCAGAACUGCACUCUGACCUUCACCUCUUUCCUCUACACAGUGAACGACAUGUUGUUGGGCCUGGACAAGGAAGUGUGGGAGAUGGCAAAAACUUCACAGCAUUUAAUCCAGAACCAAGGGGAGUGGCAGUUGCUGGGCAUCAACAAAGCAACCAGAAAGUUGGCAGUGGGAUCCAGCCUUUAUGACCAGAUCAUGUUCUACGUGGCCAUUCGGCGCCGACCCAGACUCUACAUCAUAAAUCUUCUGGUGCCCAGUGGCUUUCUGAUAGCAAUCGAUGCCCUGAGCUUCUUCUUGCCAGCUGAGGGUGGCAACCGGCCCCCUUUCAAGAUGACUCUGCUGCUGGGAUACACUGUCUUCCUGCUCAUGAUGAACGAUUUAUUGCCAGCCAGUGGCACCCCCCUCAUCAGUGUCUACUUUGCUCUGUGCCUGUCCCUGAUGGUAGUCAGCCUGCUGGAAUCCAUCUUCCUCACCUACCUUCUGAAUCUGGUCACUACCCAGCCCCCACCCAUGCCCCACUGGCUCCAUUGGCUGCUGUUGCACUAUCUCAGAGCAACGGAUUGCUACAAGAAGUCCCAAAAGGACAAUGGGGGUCCUGAUCCCAAACCCCUGCACCUGCCUGGCCUGAAGGAGCCAGGGGUGAAGGCAGGCCCAGCUAAGGCUUGGCUCGAUGGAGAUCCCCAAUCCCCGUGGGAACAGCUGGACCAUCAGCAGAAAGUUGACAUUUGGGUGAAAUUCAGUCUUAUUCUGGACACUUUCCUCUUCUGGAUCUACUUGGCAUUCAUGACUUCCUCUCUAAUCACAGUCAUUGUCCUCUGGAUCAACUAGAAAAAUGCCCCCUCCCCACCAGCACACAACAACACCAGCUUCCAACGCUCCUUGUCUUUGUGGACUGCCAGAAUUUAUCCUCUUGUCUGAGCUGCAAGGACCUCCCACUUGCCUGCUGCAGGAGACUAGCUCUAUCCCUUCCUUCCAGCCGGCUUCAGCUCCACCCUAUUUCCUUUAAAUUGAGUGUCCUUCCUUCUAAUUUCCUAUAGUUUCUUUCAACCCAGUGAUUCAUCUCAACUGGCCUGUAAUUGAAUUGACUUAAUUAAUCCCUUUGCAGGAAAUACUUGCUCCUUGAGAUAUUACAUUACUGGUUAUGACAAUUCUUGGAUCCAGUCAGUGAUUCCAGAAAGAUAAGAAUCGACUAGUUUUUAAAAGCCUCCUAGCAUCUGUUUUUAAGUUAAAAAUAGAAUUUUAAUCAUAAAAACUGAUUUUAAAUAUAUUACCUUAAAAUACUGCUCAAUAUAGUUGCUUCUUAUAAUGAAGCAAGGAAAAGAAGUGGAAUCUCAUUUUAUUGUUCUUUUUUAAAAUGUCUAAAUAAUGGUUUUUAACUUGAAACAAUUUGUGACCUAAUUGAUGUGGUUAUUCCCUUCCUGAUGCAGAUUAUGGCCCAUCAAUUUCUCCUCAUUCUGCAUAAUUCUUGUCAAUAGCCUUCCACAAAUCCUACAUGGACAAUUGUUCUAACAAGAUGGAGAUUUUCUCUUUGGACACUGACUCCUAAUGGGUAUGAGCCAGAGAUCCCCGAGGAACUCCAAAGGGUAGCUCUCCAGUGUGGAUUUUCCCAAUCAGUGAAGAGUAACUGUCUAACUAUUAUCAUGAAGAGAUGUUGGAAAAUUUUUUAUUGUUAUUAUUAUUAAUUUUUUAAAAUAGGAUCUUCAUAAAGGUGACAAAAGAUGGAAAAUUCAGUACUGGAGGAAGAAAUAAACAAACACACAUUAUAUAGACACACACAUAGAGCCAACCAUUUCUAGAAUACAACUUGGAAUUAUUUGAGAAAUAAAUUGUUUGUGCUUUUUGAGUCUACAAUUGCAAAAAAGAAAAGAAUGAUCCAUACCAACAUAUUCAUAGCGAUAAGUGAUUUGUAAUUUGUUUCUAACUUCAUAAAAAGCUUUCUUUAAUUAUAAAUUAGGGACAUUAGCAUCCACUUUCAAGGUUUUGUGAGGACAAAAUUAGCCACUGUUUGUAAAAUACCUGGUACAUAGUACUGCUAGCUGUUAUUCCCUGCCCCCCCCUUUUUUUUCUUUUUCUAAGGAUGUUCUAAGGAUGAUCCUCUGGGAAGGGCAAGGGAAAAACAUGUUGGGAAAUGAAGAUAUUAAAAAAACAAAAGCCAUUAAUAAUAAUUUAAAAAUAAAGGGACUGGAUUCAGGAUGAAAGGGUUUGGAAAAUCAGACUUUACUAGGAAUAGCACACUCAGCCCAUUCUGUAGUGAAGUGCUCCUGAUUCUCAAUGACAGGGAUGUCUUUUGCCUCUUUCUGUAUCCCCAACACUCAGCACAACAUCUGGCGCGUAGU